AAUGUCUUUAACUCUAUAUUAUGGCUUAAAGACUCCUGAUUUUCUAUUCAGUACUUUUCGACAACUAUGGAAAAAGAAAACAGAUUUUAGUUCAAAAUCAGAUUUAAUGAAUAAGGUUGUCAUAGUAACUGGUGGUAAUAGGGGAAUUGGUAAAGAAUGUGUAAAAGAUUUAGUGAAAAGAGGAGCAACAGUAAUUAUGGCUUGUAGGAAUAUAGAAAAAGGAUUAAGAACUAAAGAAGAAAUAGAAAAAGUUUGUGGAAUUUUUGAAAAAAUUGAAAUAAUUAAAAUAGAUUUGUCAUCCUUAAAAAGUGUACGAGAAUUUGUAGAAGAGUUUCGAAAAAAAUACGAAAAUUUGCAUAUUCUAAUUAAUAAUGCGGGAAUUAUUAAGGCGGACGAAUAUUUUACUUCGGAAGGUAACGAAACUUUUAUUGCCUCUAAUUAUUUGGGACAUUUUCUUUUGACAAACCUACUUGUGGAUCUUCUUAAGAAAAGCGCUCCAAGUAGAGUGAUAAAUGUAUCGUCUUCCUAUCAUUAUAUUGUUAAUGAUAUGACGUUUAAUGAUUUUCAAUUGAAAAAUCAUUGGGUAAAACCAACUCAAUUGUAUAGAUAUGGCAGAAGCAAGGCUGCAAAUGUUAUGUUUUCUAAAGAAUUCAAUGACAAAUAUCAAGAAAAUGGUAUUACUUCAUUUAGCUGCCAUCCGGGAGUUGUAAAAACUGAACUAUUCGAUAGUUAUCAAUGGAAAUCUGAGUUAAUGGACUACUUUUUUGUGAAAGUUGCAUCCUUCUGGAUGAAAUCUGCUGAUGAAGGAGCGAAAUCUAUACUUUAUUGUUGUUUAGCUCCUGAAUCGGAAAUUAUUCCUGGAGAAUAUUACGACUCAACAAAGCUCGUUCAAAUGUCAAAACUAGCAAAGAAUAAGGAGAAUCGCGAACGAUUAUGGGAAAUUAGUUCAAAGCUAGUGAAUCUUGCCUAA